CGGACGGGCCAUGCGGGGGCCGCGCUCCGGGCUCUGCCCGCUCUCCAUCUUCAUCCUCCUCCUCCUCUCCCCGCUCCUGCCGGCGGCCGCCCUCUCCCCGGCCCCGCCGUGCGUCCUCCCGGGGCUGCGCCGCGGGCCGCUGCCCGCACCAGGGAGCUCCGGAGGCUGCGCGGGGCCAUACAGGACGGAGGAGCCCGAUGUCGGGGUGCGGGAGGACGGGGGCCCCGUGCGGCUACCGGGGGUGGGCAGGGCGCUCGCCGUACCCCCCCGAGAUGCUGGUUCUCCCCGAUAUGCCGCUGGCCAGCCAGACCCUGCCCCAAUUCCCGCAGAGAGCAGGCGCUCCCCCCAGGAGCUGCCCAGGGCUCGCGCUGCUCUCAGGAGGCAGAAGAGGGAUUGGGUGAUCCCCCCCAUCAAAGUUCCUGAAAAUGAGAGGGGCCCCUUCCCCAAAAAGCUGGUUCAGAUCAAAUCCAACAGGGAUAGAGACACCAAGAUCUUCUACAGCAUCACAGGGCAGGGAGCAGAUGCCCCUCCCGAGGGUAUCUUCACCAUUGAGAAGGAGUCGGGCUGGAUGAAAGUGACGCAGCCGCUGGACCGCGAGCACAUCGACAAGUACCACCUCUUCUCCCAUGCCGUGUCCGAGAACGGGAAGCCAGUGGAGGAGCCGAUGGAGAUCAUUGUGACAGUGACAGACCAAAAUGACAACAAGCCCCAGUUCACGCAGGAGGUGUUCAGGGGCUCUGUGCCAGAGGGAGCUCUGCCAGGCACCUCCAUCAUGCAGGUGACAGCCACGGAUGCGGACGAUGCAGUGGAGACCUACAAUGGUGUCAUCGCCUACUCCAUCCUCAGCCAGGAGCCACGGGAGCCCCAUCCCCAAAUGUUCACUGUCAACCGGGCCACUGGCACCCUCAGCGUGAUUGCCAGUGGCCUCGACCGGGAGCGUGUGCGGGAGUACACACUGACCGUGCAGGCAGCUGACCUGGAUGGAGAGGGACUGACCACCACAGCGCUGGCCGUCAUCCAGAUCGCUGAUGUCAAUGACAAUGCCCCCGAGUUUGACCCCAGAAUGUACGAGGCGGCCGUGCCGGAGAACGUGGCCGGGCGGGAGGUGGCCCGGCUGGCUGUCACCGACCUGGACGAGCCCGGCACGCCGGCGUGGCGAGCCGUCUACUCCAUCCUGCGCGGCAACGACGGGGGUGCCUUUGCCAUCACCACCGACCCCGCCACCAACGAGGGCAUCCUCCGCACUGCCAAGGUCCUUGUCAUCCCACGUCCCUCAUUGCUGCCCACAGAGGAGUCCUGCUUGUCCCACUCUCACUGCCCCUGUCUCCCCCUCUCUCAGGGUCUGGACUAUGAGGCCAAGCAGCAGUUCGUGCUCCACGUGGCAGUGGCCAACGAGGUCCCCUUCAUCGUGAAGCUGCCAAUGGCCACUGCCACGGUGACAGUCACUGUGGAGGAUGUCAAUGAGGCCCCGGUGUUCGUGCCGCCGGUGCAGCUGGCCACGGUGUCAGAAGAUGUGCCCCCGGGGCAGACCCUCACAGCCUGCACAGCCCAGGACCCUGACAAGGCGCAGGGCCAGAGGAUCAAGUACCUGGUGGGGCACGACCCGGCGGGCUGGCUGGCCGUGCACCCCGAGAAUGGCCUGGUGACCACGCGGGACCACCUGGACCGCGAGUCCCCUUUCGUCAAGAACAGCACCUACAUAGCUGUGCUGCUGGCCGUGGAUGAUGGCUCACCGCCGGCCACGGGCACGGGCACGCUACUCCUCACCCUGCUCGAUGUGAACGACAACGGCCCCGAGGCUGAGCCACGGGACAUCACCGUCUGCCAGCGCAGUCCCCAGCCCCAGCUCCUCACCGUCACCGACCGGGACCUGCCCCCCAACACCGGCCCCUUCCGCGCUGAGCUCACCCACGGCUCAGGGGACAGCUGGGCUGUGGAGGUGGGGGACACAGGUGACACAGUGGCACUGCAGCUGGUGGCACCGCUGGAGCCGGACACCUACAGCGUGUACCUGCGGCUGCUGGACCAGCCGGGCAGAGCCCAAGUGACCAUUGUCACCGCACGGGUCUGCGCCUGCGAGGGGCAGGCACAGGGCUGUCCCCAGAGGUCCCAGCCUGUCAGCGCCCUGCCCUUCGUCCUUGCCACCCUGGGCGCCCUACUGGCCCUGCUGCUCAUCCUGCUGCUGCUGCUGCUCUUCAUGAGGAGGAGGAAGGUGACAAAGGAGCCGCUGCUGCUGCCUGAAGAUGACACAAGGGACAACAUCUUCUACUACGGGGAGGAGGGUGGCGGCGAGGAGGACCAGAACUACGACCUGCGGCAGCUGCACCGGGGGCUGGACGCCCGGCCCGAGGUGAUCCGAAAUGACGUGGCCCCCACCCUCCUGCCAGCCCCCCAGUACCGGCCCCGCCCCGCCAACCCCGAUGAUAUCGGCACCUUCAUCGACGAGAACCUGAAGGCGGCCGACACGGAUCCCACGGCCCCCCCCUACGACUCGCUGCUGGUGUUCGACUACGAGGGCAGCGGCUCGGAGGCCACCUCGCUCAGCUCCCUCAACUCCUCUGCCUCUGACGGCGACCAGGACUACGACUACCUCAACGACUGGGGCGGCCGCUUCCGCAAGCUGGCCGAGCUCUAUGGCGGCGGCGAGGAGGAUGAUUAGGGACCCCCAGCCCGCUGCUGCCCCCGCCUUAUUGCUGCUUUUGUGCCUUGGGGGUUCCCCCUGCUGUGCCCCCCCCACCCCAGCGCAGCCCCCUCACCUCCUCGCCUGUGUUUUUGUGGUUAUUAUCUAUUUUUUAAGGUAUGGAAUGAUGGCGUGUGAUGCUGGCGGACAAGGGGAUGGGAGCUGGGUCAGUUUUAAUAAAGGAUUUGGUUUUUUUAGA